CCUCCCCGCCGCCCCGUUUCGCCCGGGCGCUCCGGCGGCGGCGGCGGCGGCGCGGGGACCGGACCGCGUGCUCAGCGCUGCCUCGUUCCGCGCCCGCCGAGGCUCCACCGGGAGCGGCUGCUCGGCUCCGCGACCCCUCCAGGACCCUUCUUCCCCCGGGAGCAGCACCAUGGCUUGUGGAGUUACGGCGCUACCGGCUGCGCGGAGCUGAACGGCGGCGGGAGGGGGGGGAGCCGCGGCGGAGACACCGCUUCGCAUGUCCGCGGCGCCCGGGAAGUCGGAUGUUUCUCGGUCUCUCCCGGAGCGCUCCGUGGCCAACGGGCAGCAGCGCACGUCGCGAUCGCCGUAGCUUGGCACGGCGCGGCUGGCUCCUGUGACCGCGCCCCAGCCCUGCCAUGUACCCCCAGGGCCGGCACCCGGCUCCCCACCAGCCGGGCCAGCCGGGCUUCAAAUUCACUGUAGCCGAAUCCUGUGACCGGAUCAAGGACGAGUUCCAGUUCCUGCAGGCCCAGUACCACAGCCUGAAAGUGGAGUAUGAUAAACUGGCGAACGAGAAGACAGAAAUGCAGCGCCAUUACGUUAUGUACUAUGAAAUGUCGUAUGGUUUGAAUAUUGAAAUGCACAAACAGACAGAAAUUGCUAAAAGACUGAAUACGAUUUUAGCCCAGAUCAUGCCUUUUCUGUCACAAGAGCACCAACAGCAAGUGGCACAGGCUGUUGAGCGUGCCAAGCAAGUGACAAUGACGGAGUUGAAUGCUAUCAUCGGGGUACGUGGACUUCCCAAUCUGCCUCUCACCCAGCAGCAGCUCCAGGCGCAGCACCUCUCGCACGCCGCCCAUGGGCCCCCGGUCCAGCUGCCACCGCACCCCUCAGGGCUCCAGCCGCCGGGCAUCCCGCCGGUCACUGGCAGCAGCUCGGGGCUGCUGGCGCUUGGCGCCCUGGGCAGCCAGGCCCACCUCGCUGUCAAGGAUGAGAAAAACCAUCACGACUUGGACCACAGAGAGCGAGACUCAAGUGCAAACAAUUCCGUUUCACCCUCGGAAAGCCUGCGAGCCAGUGAGAAACACCGGAGCUCCACAGACUACAGCAUCGACUCCAAGAAACGGAAAGCAGAGGAGAAGGACAGCAUGAGCCGAUAUGACAGCGAUGGUGACAAGAGCGAUGACCUGGUGGUUGAUGUCUCCAAUGAGGACCCUGCCACCCCCCGGGUCAGCCCAGCCCAUUCGCCCCCAGAGAACGGCAUAGACAAAGCCCGCGGGCUGAAGAAGGGGGAUGCACCAAACAGCCCAGCCUCGGUCGCCUCCUCCAGCAGCACUCCCUCUUCCAAGACUAAAGACUUGGGCCACAAUGACAAAUCGUCGACGCCUGGGCUCAAGUCAAACACUCCAACACCGAGGAAUGAUGCUCCGACCCCGGGGACGAGUAGCACCCCGGGGCUGCGGCCGAUGCCUGGCAAGCCGACUGGCAUGGACCCUCUGGCCUCAGCCCUGCGGACGCCCAUCUCCAUCGCAGGCUCCUACGCGGCUCCCUUCGCGAUGAUGGGGCACCACGAGAUGAACGGCUCGCUCACCAGCCCUGGCGCCUAUGCGGGGCUCCACAACAUCCCCCCGCAGAUGAGCGCCGCGGCCGCUGCCGCCGCUGCCUAUGGCCGGUCGCCAAUGGUGAGCUUUGGAGCUGUUGGUUUUGAUCCGCAUCCGCCCAUGAGGGCUCCUGGCCUGCCCUCAAGCCUGGCAUCCAUCCCUGGAGGGAAACCAGCCUACUCCUUCCACGUGAGCGCCGAUGGGCAGAUGCAGCCAGUCCCGUUCCCCCACGAUGCCCUGGCGGGGCCUGGCAUCCCACGGCACGCCCGGCAGAUCAACACACUGAGCCAUGGAGAGGUAGUAUGCGCUGUCACCAUCAGCAACCCCACCAGGCACGUCUACACCGGGGGCAAGGGCUGUGUGAAGAUCUGGGACAUCAGCCAGCCGGGCAGCAAGAGCCCCAUCUCCCAGCUGGACUGCCUGAACAGAGAUAACUACAUCCGCUCCUGCAAACUCCUCCCUGACGGCCGCACGCUGAUUGUGGGAGGGGAGGCGAGCACGCUUACCAUCUGGGACCUGGCAUCCCCUACACCCCGCAUCAAGGCUGAGCUGACCUCCUCCGCCCCUGCCUGCUACGCCCUGGCCAUCAGCCCCGACGCCAAAGUCUGCUUCUCUUGCUGCAGCGACGGCAACAUCGCCGUCUGGGACCUGCACAACCAGACACUCGUCAGGCAAUUCCAAGGCCACACGGAUGGUGCCAGCUGCAUAGAUAUCUCACACGAUGGUACGAAGUUGUGGACGGGGGGGCUGGACAACACAGUGCGCUCCUGGGACCUGCGGGAAGGGAGGCAGCUCCAGCAGCACGACUUCACCUCCCAGAUCUUCUCACUGGGGUACUGCCCAACGGGCGAAUGGCUGGCAGUGGGCAUGGAGAGCAGUAACGUGGAAGUGCUGCACCACACGAAGCCGGACAAGUACCAGCUGCACCUCCACGAGAGCUGCGUCCUCUCCCUCAAGUUUGCCUACUGCGGUAAAUGGUUUGUGAGUACUGGAAAAGACAACCUGCUCAAUGCCUGGAGGACGCCCUAUGGAGCAAGCAUCUUCCAGUCCAAGGAAUCCUCGUCCGUCUUAAGUUGUGACAUUUCAGCAGAUGACAAGUACAUAGUCACAGGCUCUGGGGACAAGAAGGCCACAGUCUACGAGGUCAUCUACUAACGGUGGAUUCGAUCACAGGGCUGGCAGCUCCCAGCCCUGGUGGUGACAGGACUCGAGCGGCCAGGAGCUCGGGGGGGGCUGCGCGGGGCAGCCCCUGCCGCUCAGCCACGGACCGGCACGCUCCGACGGGGCUCUGCCUCGAGGCGUUCCAUACACAUGGAUUUAUUUGGAGGUCUGCAAAUAAUGGCACACAUCAAAGCCCUAAACGGAUUUUUUUUGUUUGGUUUUAGGGUUUUUUUGGGUUUAAUUUUGAAUUUUUUUGGUUGUUUCCUGGUUCUCUCCGUCUGCGCUUUGGUGGCACUAUCAAGGACUUGAUUUUUUUUAUCGUGACUUUUUGGUUUUUUUUGGUGCAUCCUGCAUAAGAACUUGUGAAAAAUGUAAAUACCGGACUAGUAAAUAGCGUUGGAAGGGUGGGGGACCCCUCCUGGUACACUAGUUGUGUAUUUUUCGUCUGCUGUAAUUGUAUUCCACUGAUGGUUUUGGUGGUGGCAAUCUUAUUUUUGGUUUUUUCUUUACCCCCCCCUUCCCAAAAAGCGUCUGUUUGGACGCGACUUUGCCUUGCGGCGCCUAACGAGGCUGAGCAAAGAUGUCCACUGGUGAAAGUUGUUCCUCCUGUCGUAGCCGUGCGUUGUUCGGUGUGUUCGUGAUGGUGGGACGCUGCUGGGACUCCUCAGCUGCUGACGGGACAUCAGCAACACAAUCACCUUUUUUUAUAUAUGGAUUUCUUUCUUUUUUUUGUGCUCGUACGUUUGAAGAAAAAGGGGAAGCCCACGCUGCGGGGAUUGUCUGCGCAAGCCCUUCUUGGUCUUCGGACAGAAGCAAUGAGGAGUGAUUUCAAAGAAAGCAUAGUAAAAAUUCAGCUCAGGGAGCCACGAAAGAUAAUAGCAACUUAUGUGUUUUGUAUUCAAAUGAAAGUAAAGAAAUUAGAAUUGAUAACCUUUAAAAUACAAGUUUUUUUAAAAGCAAAGUUUACUAACAAGUAGGGUUUGUGUGCGGUGGGGGGGAAGGGGCUGGCGGUGGUAGAGGGUCCUGUGGGCUGUGUGGUCUUGGUGUCUUCUAGUAUCUCAGUCCCGAUGAAGCGAAUCCCCUCCCCACACAGGCCGGCGUUUCAGCCUUUUGUACUAAAGGGUUAAAAAAGAGUUAAAAAAAAAAAGACAUAAUGGGAAAAUAAAAGUAUUUGUGUAGCAGAAGCGCUCGCCCUGUAUUGUAGCAUACGGAAGAGGAUUUUUAUACUGCAUUUUUAUGGAUUAUUUUUUAAGUUUUUGGUUUUAAGCUGGUUAAAAAAAAAGGAUGAGGGUUAGGGUUCAGGUGAGACCCACCUGCUUUCAUAUGGAGAGGAGGAUGAUGCAGAGGUGGUUGGUUUGUCCCACCGAGCAGCCAUGUGAUGUUGAAGGAGAUCUUACGGGAAAUUAUGUGUUGUCCCAUCAGAAAUAAGAGGUUUUUUGAGAUUUUCACCCUUUGCUUGUCAAAAGAGAAAGAAGGGGAAUGUCCCAGGCAAGCGGUGUCCGCCCCGUGUGGCUCAUUAGUGCUCACUGUGUACUGGGAGGAGAUGGGAUCGAUCUUGCACACUAAUUACCCAACGAAGGGAAAAGCAAGCUCGUUAAACUUGCAUUUAGUAGUUCUAAGGGUGGUUUGGCUUAGAAAAAUGGCUCUGGAUGAGCCUCUGGUAUCAGGGGACCUGUGCUGGCGCCUGCUGAGGGAUUUGGCGAUGCCUGAUCUAUAUUUUGGGGUUCAGCAAUGCCCAGUCUGUGUUUUGGGUUCAUAUUUGGUCCCCAUGGCCGGCACAGACCUCUGCUCUGCUCAUUCCCCUGCACCCCCAGACCCAGGUGCAGCAUCUGACCCCGCAGCACUUGGAGCAUCUUUGCGUUGAUGAGGGGGUUUUGGAAGGGACUGGGGGCUUUGAACUGACCCUAUGGCAAACUCCCCUGGUGGUAAGGCCACCGCCAACUUGUGCAUCACUGGUUUGCAAGUUGGUGCUUCAUUUUCCUCCAAAUUAAAAAGGGAGAAAAAAAUUAAAGGAACUGCAUGUGCCGGAGCUGGCGGAGGGUAAUGGAGUCAGACUUCUCAACUUUACACCAAAGUAUGUAGCAGAACAUGUACAGCUGUUAAUAACUGCAACUGGUUUUUGUAAAAAAAAGGGAGAGAAAAAAAGGCAAAAAAAAAAAAAAGGAAAAAG